CACUCCCAUUCCAUAAUAUUCUUCAUUUCUUCUUCUAAUUGCCAUUACAUUCUAACCACACUCUGCGUGCCUUUAUAUUUAUAACCCCAAAACCAACUCUCCAUUAACCAAAACGAAAUAAACAACCACUCUCUCUUUCUUCUUCUUCUUCUUCUUCUGCACUCAGAAGCAGAGCAACAAUGGCGAAAGAGAGAGAGAAGAAGCUGCUACUCCCUCUCCUCGGAAACUACGCCGCCGAACUCAAACUCCUCCUCACCACCCUCCUCAUCCUCUGCUCCAUCGCCACUUUCCUUCAGUUCAUCCCUUCUCGCUUCACCUUCUCCGCUUCCGAUCUCCGUUUCUGCAUCUCCAGAGUCACCCAACCCCAACCUGUUUCCAUCACCCAAAAAACCGCCACCACCACCACCACCGCAACCUCACCGCCUCCUCCUGUUCUUCCACCGCCGUCACCACCACCACCGGUCGUGCACGAGCAAGUGGUGGAAGGCGGUGUCAUCAAACGAACCUUCAACCCGUACGGCUCCGCCGCCUACAACUUCAUCAGCAUGGGCGCUUACAGAGGAGGACUCAACACGUUCGCCAUUGUCGGCCUCGCUUCGAAGCCGCUUCAUGUUUACAGCAAACCGACUUACCAGUGUGAGUGGGUCCCUCUCACCGGCGCCGGAGAAAACAACACCGUCACCACCGUCGGGUACAAGAUCCUCCCUGACUGGGGCUACGGCCAUGUCUACACCGUCGUGGUAGUCAACUGCACGUUCCCGGUGCCGCUCAACGUUGAAAACUCCGGCGGGAAGCUAAUCCUCUACGCCUCCACCUCCGGCGGAGGCGACGCCAGCCGCAACAUCACCGACCGGAUGGAAGUUCUCACGGAGGCGCCGGGGACUCUCGACACUGCCCUCUUCACCUCAAAGCCGAAGUACGAUUACUUCUACUGUGGCUCCUCCCUCUACGGCCCUCUGAACCCACAGAGGGUUCGAGAAUGGAUCGCUUACCACGUGAAAUUCUUCGGUCCCAGUUCACAUUUCGUGAUUCAUGAUGCUGGUGGGGUUCAUGAGCAGGUGCGUGAAGUGCUGAAGCCAUGGAUUGAACUUGGGUAUGUGACACUUCAAGAUAUCAGGGACCAAGAGAGAUUUGAUGGGUAUUAUCACAACCAGUUCAUGGUGGUGAAUGAUUGCUUGCAUAGGUACAAGUUCAUGGGGAAAUGGAUGUUCUUCUUUGAUGUGGAUGAGUUCAUCUAUGUUCCACCUAAGAGUACUAUUAAGACUGUGCUUGAUUCACUCUCUGAGUAUAAUCAGUUCACCAUUGAACAGAUGCCAAUGAGUAGUAAACUCUGCCUCUCUUCUGAUUAUGGAAAAACAUACAGGAAAUGGGGUUUUGAGAAGUUUGUGUACAAAGAUGUGAAGAAGGGAAUUAGGAGGGAUAGAAAAUAUGCGGUGCAACCGCGUAGCUUGUAUGCAACAGGGGUUCACAUGUCACAGAAUCUGGAAGGAAAAACAACUCACAAAACUGAAGGAAAGAUAAAAUAUUUCCACUACCAUGGAACCAUAGCAGCAAGAAGAGAAUCAUGUAAAAUGCUAAUAAAUUCAACAGAAAUCACAUAUGACAAGAAUCCCUAUGUGUUGGAUACCACCAUGAGGGACAUAGCUGGUGUGAUAAAGAAAUUUGAGCUCAAGAUGAUUGGAGACAGGCUACAAAAGACACGGCAAUGACAGCUUCAUCACAUUUUAAUCUUUUUAUUUUUUUAAACUAUAUAAUAACUUUUGGUAGAAUAGGAAUUCAUUUAGUGGUUGUUCUUUUUCUGUCUAAAAUAUUUUUUUAUUUCGUAUAUUUACAGAUGGGUAUAUGAUAUGAUGAUAUGUUUUUUUUUUUGUAUGUUUCUUUUGUGUUUCCUGUUAUUUUAUUUUAUUCUAUUGUUACUUAUAUCUGUACAGAUAAUUAUUAUAAUGAAUAAAGUUGAAUGGUUCAAUAA